CCAAUCGCACCCAUCACAUUCGUGACGUAUACCACACCAUUUGAACCAUCACUCACGCAUUUCAUUUUAUCACCACCCGCGGAUAUCCCAGACUUGAUUCCGCACUCGACGUCACCAAGACGCUGCCGCUAUGGCCCCCAAGAAGAACAAGCAGCGCGAGAAGCAGGAGCAAAGCCGCGCGUCUUCGAGUGCACGUGCGCACCAGUCGCUACUGUCCAGUGCGGGCUCCAACGCCGCGCCUCCCGCCUUCAUCGGCUUCGCGAGCUUCGCGCAACCAGCGCCAAAUGCCGUGCAGGCUACACCUAAGGCUGGUGCAUUUUACGCUAAGCCUGUUGUGCAGAGCAUCUACGACGGAUCGGACCACGAGAUCGCGCUGGCACUUAAGAUGCUGGCCAAGAAGGGUGCUGUGACCAAGAUUAAGGCACUACAGACCUUCCUUACAGAUGUGCUGCCUCCACGCCAGCCCGCUGAGAUCCGUCCCAUGCUCGGCCACUUCACGCAGCUCUACACGUUUGAAAUGCGCGACCAGAAUGACCGCAAAGUUCGCCAGAUGCUCAACGAGGUGCUGGCUGCACUGGCCGACAAGAUGCGGCCUCGUGCCUUUGUCCCGCACCUGCAGCGACUGUUGCCCUACUGGUACUUGGCCAUGCACGACGUCAAUGCGGAUGUGGCUACAGUGGCCAAUAAGGCGUUCAACGCGCUGUUCCCAGAGCCAGAGAUGCACAAAACUGUGCUGGAGGAACAUCUAUCAGCGAUUAUGGAGGAGUUCCAGAGCUUCUUCUCCAAAAGCCCAGAUACAUUCGAGGGCAUCCCAUUGCAACCUGACGAGAAAGAAGAAAGAUACGAGAGAUGCGUCUCCGCUGCGGUGCUCAGUAUUGAUGCGGUGGUCAAGUUCUUUAACAACCAAGAGAUGACAGACAAACUAAACGACCAAGAUGCCAGCCUCUCGGUUGCCACAGUGUUGUCUUCCGAUAAGUUCACGCGUCUAGCAACUGCGUCGUCCAAACACCCGAAUUUCUCCCGUGAUAUCGUGAGGAGAGCAGUGUAUGUGCUGCUUGUGACGCUUUGUACUAACGCCAAGUCGAUUAUUGCUGCCCGUGAAGAAUCCUUUGGCAAGGUGGUUCUUGGAAUUCUCGGCGAUAAAAGCCCUGCCAAUCACGAAGCCAUGUGGAAUGCCGUACUCACGUUCCUACACACGUUUCCCGACGUGUGGCAUUCAAGCGUCAGCUUCCCUAAAUUCGUGACGAGUGCUGUGUACCCGCGUGUGUUUGCCCAGAUCAGACACGGAUUCUACGGCUCUGGUCGAUCUUCAUUCCCCUCGCUGCUGCCGUUUUUGUCGUUGGUUCCCCUGAGUGUCGCUGUUGAUCCAGCCAAGGGCCAGUCAGCACUGUAUACAGGAGUGCUGGAGCAGUGCUGGAAGUUUAUUGAGUCGAAAGAUGCGCGAUUCAGUGAACCUCCAGCGAUUACAGCGUUUUUCGAGUGUAUUACAGGUAUGUUUACUAUCUUCUUGAAGAAGAAAGCGAAUGCGACAUGGUUGAGUGAACAGAAUGCUGGGCCUUUUAAGACCAACUAUGUGAACCAGUUCGAGAAGGUCUUCGUGUCGUCGCUCACGACGACGCUUAGUUCUCCGGAGUUUCCAGACGGUGAAGUCGGUCUCUUUGCUAGCAGCAUGCUGAAGUUGAACAGCCGGUUAAGCAGUUUUUCAAGUGAUUCCGAUGUGAUUAACAGUCUGAAGGAUGAUUUUAUGGAGAAGCUUCAUUCAUGGACAAGACAAGCUAUCAGCUCGAUGGUGGCCAAGAUAUCGUUCGUGCCUUCGAGAGUGAACACAUUGAUUAGUGCAGGCGUUGCUGAUGCUAGGGGCAGGAAUGAAGACCAUGAGGCUGCGCAGUGGUUAUUGACGAGCAAGGAACUCUACGGACAGUGUCUGGACCAAGUGGACAAUCAAGUGAUCGAACCGACCUUCUCCUCAGCCAAGAACACGUCGAUUAUGCAAUUAUUGGAGGCGAUUCAUGGCGUUUGCGAAGGUCAUCCGUUGGAUCUGUUGGUUUUGAAUGGCACUGAUACGCCAGUUGAGACGCAUUUCGAUGACCACUACCGCCCCGUGCUACGUGUACUGUCGGAGUGGAAAAGAUCAGGUGGUAAUAAGAGCGUGGAUAAGACAAUGUGUGUUGCUCUGCAGCUCACGCGGCCAUUUUUCCUCGCUGCAAAAGAGAAGAAACAGUUUUUGCUGCAACUUUUCCGGGAUUGCGACGUUCAGUUCGGUGAUAUGGCGGAGGCGAGCGAUAUCAUUCAGUACGGACUGCAGUUCCCGAUUACAGAGCAGAGUAACAAGUUGUGGCUGUCCUGCGGAAGCUGGCAAAGUCGCUAUGAUAGUGGAGUAUCAUCAGUCAACGAUGAAUCCGGUCCGGUUUUACAGGGACUCCAAGCGAUUUGGCAAGGCAAGCUGCUAGACGAGUUUUUGAUGAUUAGUUUGAAGGGGAGACUCGACGACUUGGAUGCUAGUGCGUUCGCCACUCUUCUGAAAGCAUGUCUUGGUGGUCUGAAUAGCGCUCCUGUCGUAAGCUCUGAUGCAGUGGUGAUCUUGUGUCACUUUGUGAUUCAAAACGGUGCAGACAGCAGCGACGCAGUUGUGGUGCAGAUUCUAACUCAGCUUUGCGAGCUGUUUUUCAAGCUUAACGGGGAACUUCCCGCUGAACUUGAAGCAGUGGAAGGCCAACUUUACAAGCAGCUCUUCCACUUGUCGGCGCGAGGCAACUACCGAACUGAAGCUAGUGCUCUGUGGGCUCGAACUGUGCGUCACUCACUCAAGAAAUGGUCGUCAACGCGAACAGAGGCGUUUGUGAACGAGUUGGCUGGACAUAUCAAUGGUUUCCUCGUUGCAGAAUUGCCGGCAGGGGCUGUGUCAUUCAACACCAAGCUGUUUGCAGCGUACGUCAAGAGCUACGUACAGCUCGGUGCUGAUCAGGCAUUCUACUCUGUUUCACAGCUUGUGGAGAAACUAGAUGCGAUCAACUUGCAAUGUAGCGAGGAUUCACAGAAGAAGGUGUUUUACAGCCGCGUGCUGUCAGGUUUGGGAGAGGUAUGUGAGGAUGAGCACGUCGUUGCCGUCUUGCAGACAUACUGCACCUCAUUGGCGUUAGAAAAUGAAGAGAAGGCAGUGGAUCUUGUUGCGAAGCUGGUGGACCUGGAUGUUACUCACGCGUUGACCUGGGUAGUGUUCCAUUCCGACGACCAUAUUCAGCGUGGCGUUGAUCUGGUGGAGAUUAUGGAGAGCUAUUUGACCCUGGAGCAUUUGUAUGAAGCGCUGAAGCAGUCUUCGAGUCUUCUGGAUAAGGUUGUUGCAGCUGCUCUUGCUACGUGCCAGGGUAAGCACAAGCGUGAAAGUGAACACCGCGACUUGGUAUUUUUGACCAAGAAUCAAAGUGCUGUUACAAGUCAAAACGUGAGUUUGCUUACGCAAGAGCAGCACAGGAAGCUGGAUGAACUCUCUGUGUCAGUGUUAACUUCUUUCAGCACCGUUGCGAAGCGGGUACAGUUCGUCCAGGAGCUGAUAGACGAGAAUGGCGACUGGAAGACCGAAGCUACCCAAACUAUUGCUAUCUCGCUGUUUAGUGCGAUGUACUCGGAAGUCAAUGACGAAGUCGUAGCAGUGCUUAAGGGCUUCUUUGCUCUAUGCGAUCGUGAUGUUGUCUCCAAGUCUACGAGUGGAUUGUUCGAGUACUUACAAUUGGUGACGCGAGCAGUAAAAGAAGAGGGCAAACUACCCAGCGUUUCCAAUCAAGAAAUCAUCAAUCGCUCGACUCAGGAAUGCAUUAUUGCCCAACUAUUGGAGAUGCUCGCGCCGAGCUCGUCAACUGUUGUGGAAGUUGAGCAAUGGAUUGCUAUCACUGAAUACGCGGGAGCUCUCGCUGAGUACUUACAGGAUGUGCCAUCAGAAUUUCGCGACAAGUGGGAAAAACUCGCACGUUUGGUGAUCACACAUGCGAUCGCAGGCAAGUCAGAGAGUGCCCAGACUGCUGCACUAAAGAUACACAAGCGCAGUUCAAGUCUUGGUGAUCGUAGGAUUAUCAAGGGCGACGAGGAGCAGAUUGUGCUGGGGUACUCUAACGAGGUAGUCACUGCGCGUUUGGCGUUGAUGGAGUUAGUGCGUGCGAUGUAUGACUUUAACCCUGACGCGCUACAUGAGCUUGCUGCCCACUACCGCGAAGCUCUUCUCUCCACAGUGUUGUGUGCACUUUCAGAGAGUGCCGAGAUGAAGGCAAGUAUCGUAACCACGUACGUGGCGUUAGCGUCUCCAUCGCAGUGUUUCCGGCUUGUGAAUCUCUGGUUCAGCAUCGAAAAGGUACUUGCGAGUGCGCUGCCGGCGUUGCGCUCGACUCUGACGAGUAUCCACGAUGUUGAUCACGUGAACCGGCUUGUACUGGAGUCUUUCGGUGGCAUUGAGACUCUCGCGUCACUGUUUAACGGCAAGCGCUACCCUCUGCAGCCAGUGCUGCGUGUGUUGCUGUACAUCCUGGCUUCGUACAGCGGAGCUCUCCGUUUGCGCAAUUACGACGCGAAUGCUAUCGAUGUGAACGCUGAGGACGAGGCAGCGACUGAAUCUGCACUUGCCAAGGUGCUGAUUCCGAAGGCCUUGCGCUCGGCGUUGCGUGCUGUGUUCACUGACAAGAACGGCGAGAACAGCGCUGCCAACAUCCGCAUGCGUAGUCGUAAACAAAAGCUGCAGGAACGAGAGGAUAUCACAGGCAAGUUGCUUCUCUGGGAUCUGUUUCUUCAGCUAUUCCCUUCGAGUGGAAGCGAGAGCAGUAGUGAAGGUGAAGGUCCUUCGUCCACGCUGAUCGCGUCGUCGCUGAGCUCAUACGUCGCGCGUCAUGGAAUGCUCACGAGCUUCCUGAACUUCAGCUCCGCGUUGCUAUCGCAAGAACCUCAGUCUUCAUCGAAGGUCUCGGCCUCGGAACUACAAGACACUGCGCUCUUUGAUGUGACAGACUUGGACAAGAGGGAGGACGACGAGACGUGGAGUCUCCACAAGACUCGCGUGUUCCAGCUCGGCACUCGUGUCUUCUUCCGUACUGUGGUUCGUCUUCCAGCUAUGGUCCGCUCUUGGUGGAACGAUGAUUGCUCGCGAGCCACGAGAAGCUGGGCUGCCAAGUACUUCGAGGACCACAUCACACCGUCAGUGCUUGCAGCCGAGCUGGAACUCAUUCAAAAGGCGAGUGAGAGUGCGUCGAUUGAGUCCUGGGACGAUGAAGAGAUGACUGUGAAGGGCAGUCGUGUGUCUCGUGAGAUCACCACGACGUACAUGAAAGACGAGUGUGCUCUGGAAAUGGUGGUGCGCGUACCGUCUUCCUACCCGCUGCGUUGUGUGGAGGUCGAGUGCACGAAGCGUAUCGGUAUCUCGGAGGAUCGUUGGCGACGCUGGGUGCUGCAGAUUAUUCGCGUGACGUCGUCUCGUGAUGGUUCGUUGCUGGAUGCUGUGUUGCUGUGGAAACAUAACGUGGACAAGGAGUUCGAAGGCGUGGAGCCGUGUCCGAUCUGCUACUCCAUCCUGAAUCCGAAGAACAUGGGACUGCCGUCACUGCCCUGCAAGACAUGCAACAACAAGUACCACAACUCGUGUCUGUACAAGUGGUUUAACCAGUCUGGCAAGAACAAGUGUCCGAUCUGCCAACAACCCUUUUGCUAAGCAAAAAAAAAAGAGAACGAGAAAGAGGGAAAAAAAGAUCUUCGGGUUAGUUAUUUCAAAUAACUUAGAGUGCAACAGGAGUCAGGAUAGAGCGAUAUCUGUUCGUAUAGUUGUGUACAUUGGUAUCUAGCAGAUGACGCAGCCGCAGCCCGCUGACUCCACCGUCUUGGCAGUGGCGUGGCCACGUGUGGGCUCUACAGAGCAACAGAGUAUCAACAUCCUUAUCCAGCGUUGAAGUUUCCGCACAAUUGCGUACCUCGCACUGCCUGCUGUGACUUGUGGAAGACUGAGACGUUCACAGGCGUCGGAUGUGUGUCGAAGGCUGGCACUGCGGACCCCAGAGUGUGUGUGUCCUGCAAAAUGCCGCGCCCCAUGCAGAUUAGACGGACAGAUUUCGCGUCCUCAGCGACAGGCACAUCUGCAAAUGAUCGUGUGAAGAUAAUGGAGACUUUCGAGGUUUUGCGGGUGUGACGACGUACUUUGUGGCCAGCUACGCAUGAGCUGCGACUUGGCCUCGGCCACUGUCGCUUCCUUUGGGAAGCUCAGCUCUACGCGCACACCAUCCUGAUUGGCGAACAGGAACUUGAGCCGCAGCUCAUGCUCCGUGCUGCCCAUGCUGCUACGUGAGCUCUUCGUCCACAGCAAAAAUGAUAAUGCUUCGAUUUAAAGCAAAAAAUCUCAGUUGGAAAUGCAGUGAUUGGAUGAAAUGGUGGGAAGGAGACAUAUGAUUGGAUAGUUGGGUUGAACUGAAGGAUUGCAAUUCUGUGGCAUGUAAGCAUUCGUCUGGAGAAGCAUUUUCAUCGGAGUGGCAACGGCAACAGGGUCGUUUACAAGCGUUUCCA